AUGAGUUCGCUAGUAGCAAUCAGCUCCAAGGACUUGGUGUCCAAUUCUUUCAAUAAUCAGUACCGUUAUAGCUUCCCAGCUUCUGCUAAUUUCAAAAAUGUUGAGGUUGCUGUUCAAUCGAUCUCGAUGUACAACAGCCAGUUCAACGUCGAUAGCGUA